AUGUCAGAAUGGGAGAACACUGACUGUAUCAGCAGAAAGGAUAAAGCUGGUUAUGGUGAAGCCCACAAUGGCAUAAAGUUCUGGAACACAGGGGAGCCUCGCACCCACAGUCAUGGAAAAUUCUGGGCAGCUGCCGAUGCUAUUUCUGUGGAAACCACGCAGGAUAUUCUUCAGGCUGCUCGAGGCAGUAGCGUCACCCUUCCGUGUACCUACAGCACUUCCGCUUCAGACCGUGAAGGAUUUAUUCAAUGGGAUAAGCUUCUCAGGAGCGAAACGGAAAGAGUGGCCACUUGGAAAUUUUUAACGAAAAGCUACAUCUACGGGCCCCGUUACGAGAACCGUGUGAAAAUAUCUGACGAUGUUGACCGGUCAGACGCCUCCAUCACCAUUGACCAGCUGACCAUGGACGACAAUGGUACCUACGAGUGCUCCGUCUCACUCUUGUCAGAUCUGCAGGGUACCCUCAAGUCUCGAGUGCGCCUCCUGGUCCUCGUCGCACCCUCCAUCCCGGACUGCGGCAUCCAAGGGGAGCCGGUGAUUGGGAACAACAUCAAUCUGACGUGCCUGUCUGCCGAGGGCUCUCCCACCCCACAGUACAGCUGGUCGAGCUACAACACCCAGAACCAGCCUCGGCCAGUCGCCCAACCAGUCUCAGGCCAGCCCUUGAUUCUGAAGAACAUCAGCACGGAAAUGGCGGGUUACUACAUCUGCACCUCCAGGAACGACGUGGGGGUGCAGUCCUGCAACAUCACCGUGACCCCCAGACUCCCUUCCAUGAACAUUGCGCUGUAUGCGGGCAUCGCGGGGGGUGUGUUGGCGGCCCUCAUCAUCAUUGGCGUCAUCGUCUACUGCUGCUGCUGCCGGGAGACAUCGGACAAAGCCGAGGCCGUGGAGGAGGCGAGGCCAAACCGAGCCGCUUACCAACAGCCUCAAGCGAAGCGGACAGAAAUUUCCAGAGGGAGGGACGAGGAAGACGACUACAGGCAUGGGGACCAGCGGAGCUCAGGGCGGAGCUCUCCCGAGCAGCCCUUCCAGUGAAGGAGGCCUGUUGCCCAGUGGGAGAGGAGGACUGGGGCCCAGCCUCCCGCUGCUGGCCUCUUUCCUCUCUGGCCCCAUAGUCCCGCCCCUCCCCAGCCAUCUGUGAAACACAUCUUCGUGUGUGUGUGUGUGUGUGUGUGUGUGUGUGUGUGUGUGUGUGUGUGUGUUUCUGGGGAGCAUCAUUGGACUGGCUACAUGGGUCCUACCUGUUACCCUGGCAACCACACUGAAAGAACCCCUCCUUAUUGCUCUACCUGACUCAGGACCAGUCCUUCCUCCCAGAUCAGACAGCACCCCGCCACCCCACCUCCACCCCGCCUCUCUUUUGGCUGGGCCCCACCAAUAUUGAGCAGGGGCUACUUCUAUUCAGAGCUCCCCAUGCAGACAGUGCCAACUUCAGAAGUGUGGGAGUCUGCCCUGCCCACCACGCCCAGCACUCAGGGGAGAAUGUGUGGAUGGGCUUGCACUCAAUAUUUUUUGUUAAAUGAAGGAAAGAAAUCAAGGAUACAGUGGAGUCCCUGUGAUUUACCCAGCUUAAUUGUGCCCUCCAUGCUUGGGGGCCAUGGUGGGUGGCCUCCAGCUUCUCCCUUGGCCUCAUCUCCCUCCAUAUGGCUCCUGCUCCCAGACACACACACCUUCUCAGGACCUCCCCCAACACAGUUCCAUCCCUGCCUGUCAAAAUCUUGCCUGACCUUACAGCCCACCACUCUUGGACCCCAAUGUUUUUCUUAAUCCUGUUGUGACUGCUCACUAGGGAAGCAGCAAAGUCACUUUGUCCUGCAUCCAGACCUGGGCAGCAUGCACGGCCAUCAGAGCGCUACUUCCUGCUGUAUUAGGGUGGGUGCCCCUGGAGCAGGGUCUGGGCAGCUUCAUCUGGGGCCUUGCCCUCCUAGGCAGGGCUUUGCCUCCUGGUUGUGACUUGGUAACCCCACCCAAGCCCUUGUCUGGUAAGGGGAGCAGACUGAUUUAAAAUGAGCCACACACACACACAAGCUUUCUUGCCUCCCACCCCUGCCUGGCCAUUGGCCUCUGAAUGACAGCUGAACCUCACUGCCCUGCCCUCAGCCCCCCUACCCCGACCCCUACCCCUUUGGUAAGUUCUUUCACUUUCCAGGGCUCAGGCCAGACUGGUGACUCCAAAUGUGUUUUACUAUCUGGAUCACCAGAAAAAGCAAGUGUAUAAAUCCCCUGCCCCUGCUGAUUUUAUUUACAUGUAUAUUUUUAUAUAAUUUGCUGAACUCUUUGUUUCCCUCAAAAUGUUUCCUUAUCAAUAAAGUUACCAGAAGAAAUUCACUUUU